UCUUGAAGUAAAAAUCAACUGACCCAAAUUAAAUUUUCGGGCACUAAAUUGGGCCAGCAAACGGAGUCCUUUGCCUAUUUCCUUCCCUACUGCAUGGCGGCCUUCCGACCCCAGACCACGUCCGACUUUGGGUGGCUUUCCGAACCCGGCUAGAAAUCGUGGCGAACAUGCUCGAUAUAAGGUCGGCAUCCCUACUAGUUCCCAGGCACGGCGCGGACACCACCGUGCACGCCCUCCGCGCGCUCGCAAUGGGAGUAAUCCACAUGGCGGACGACGAGACAGCCUCCAGGGCAUGUCCGCCGUCGCCUCCCGCCUCCAUCUGCGCAAUGAUCGGUGGCCACGGUGCACCUGGUAGUAUUGCAGCCAUGAGCGUCAGGCGAGUCGCUGCCGUUUCGGCCAUGAUCGACGAGGUCGCCCAGGGAAGGAGGAGGAAGACGACGAGGAAGCGGCGCAUGGGCAACUAUCGCUGCUACGAGGAGGUGUGCACGAUCGGCGGGGGCACGUUCGGCGAGGUCUUCAAGGCGCGGCACCGCGCCACCGGCCAGACCGUCGCCGUGAAGGCUCUCCGCUGCGAACGGUCCGACUCCAAACACGUCGUCGGCGAGCUCCUUCGGGAGGCCUGCAUCAUGGCGGCAUGCGGCGGCCACCCCUCCCUCGUCGCCCUGCGCGGCGUCGUGCGCACACCGCGCGACAUCAAGGGGCGCAGGGACUACUUCCUCGUCAUGGAAUUCGCCGGGCCAAGCCUGCGCAAGGUCCUCAACAAGCGAAUCCGUCUCGGUCGCCGGCUGUUCUCGGAAAGGGACGUGCGCUCCAUCGUGCGGCAGCUGCUAGCCGGCGCGGAGGCGAUGCACACGCACGGCAUCAUGCACCGCGACAUCAAGCCUGAGAACAUCCUCGUGGUCCAGAACGGCGGCAGCAUCGUCGUCAAGAUCGGAGACUACGGGGCGGCGAUGUCCACGGCCGAGCGGGACCCCGAGAAGUAUUGGGCUGCCGGGACUUGGGUGUACAGCGCGCCGGAGAUGCUGCUGGAGGAUCCCCGCUACGACACGCGCGUCGACCUGUGGUCCAUCGGCUGCGUGAUGGCGGAGCUCCUCACCGGGAACAAGCUGUUCCCAGGGGACGGCAUAGACGAGCUGCUCUACAAGAUCUUCGAUCUGCUCGGCACGCUAGGCGAGAGAGAGAGUCGGGGCCUGCCUUCAGUUCGCCGGGACACGAGGUACAGGCACAGCAAUGGCGAGCGCACCAACGGCUGCGCAAGCUAUUCCCCGAGAAGCUGCUGUCCAAGGAAGGGUUCCAGGUCCUCCAGGGGCUCCUCACGUGCAAUCCAUCCAGGCGGCUGGAUGCUGCCGCCGCGCUCCGGCUUCCGUGGUUCACCGUUCACCGACACCGGUGGCAUGCCGGUUGCCGCUGUUCCGGAGACUGGCGCCCCGACCGUUCGGUCUGGGACGAUUCCUGGCCGAACAAGUCGUUCGGUACCUGGUGAUCGAUCCGUCGAACGGGACGUCCUGUGCGACGCAUUUUGCGUCGACUAAUCGGGUGUUCGCACGACCGGGCCGGCCCACCAACCCGCUCUUUGCUUCGCUUCCUUUCGCGCGCGACAAAAAAUCUGAAAUUAAACAGCUAGUACCAGGAAUUGAUCCCACCACCACAGACUAAAAUGGCGAGCCAUUAGCCAUGCACCACACACCAUAAACUGUGCAUAAUGGUGCAGAUACCUAUAAGAACAGACAGCAGCGUUGAUAUUUGGAAAACAUUUUGAAACCAUUUCAAAAAUUGCGAGCAGUUUUCAAAUGCCGCAUUUUUUUUUGAAAAAGUGAAGAUGUUUUGUAAUUCUGAUUUUAAAAUGAAACGCGAACAAAAUAAUAUUUUAAAAGUGAAAUAUUUUCGAAAAUUGGGAACAUUUUUUGAAAUUCCAAGACAAAAUUUGAAAACACAAACAUAUUUUGAAAAUGUGAAAACAAGAACAUUAUAUGAAAUUGGCGAACAAAAUUUUGAAAUAGAACAAUUUCAAAACUCCUGAGAAAAAUGAAAACAUGCACAUUUUUUAAAUUUGCGAACAAUUUUUGAAAAACAGGAAUAUGUUUUCAACUACCCGAACAUUUUUUGAAAAUUACAAAAAAAAUUGAAACUGAAGAACUUCGAAACUCCUGAAAAAAAUGAAAAUGUCCACAUUUUUAAAAUUUUGAACAAUUUUUCAAAAUGGGAACAUGAACCACCCGAACAGUUUUUGAAAUUU